AUGUUAGAGAGCGGGGACAAAUCAGCUCUGAAUGUCUGCCUACAGCAAGCAGCAGUGGCCGCUCCAGACUUAUUGGACCCUAAAUCCGCCACUCACAACAGCAAGCCCCGGCUCUCCUUCUCCACCAAGCCAAUCACAAGGUCUCCCCGCGAGGAGAGUGAGGUGGUUGCCACGGUGAUGAAAUGGAAGACGGUGGCAGCCAUCUUUCUUCUGGUGGUUCUUUACCUGGUGGUGGGAGCAGCAGUGUUCAGAUUCCUGGAGCAGCCUCACGAGAGUGCCCAGCAUUUGGCCAUCCUGACCCAGAAGCUGGAGUUCCUGUCCAGACACGCCUGUGUCAACCAGAGCCAGCUGGAGGAGCUGGUUAAGCAAGUUGUGUCUGCUAUCCGUUCGGGGAUCAACCCGGCAGGCAACCUGACCACCCACAGCAGCCUGUGGGACCUGAGCUCUGCCUUUUUCUUCGCAGGGACUGUCAUCACAACCAUCGGUUUUGGGAACAGCUCUCCCCACACAGAAGGUGGAAGGAUCUUCUGCAUCAUCUACGCGUUGCUCGGGAUCCCUCUGUUCGGAUUCCUUUUGGCUGGAGUAGGCGAUCAGCUCGGCACCAUAUUCGGCAAAGGCAUCGCCAGAGUGGAGACAAUGUUUGUGCAUUGGGACAUCACUCGGACGAAGAUCCGGGUCAUCUCCACCCUGCUGUUUGUGCUUUUUGGCUGCCUGCUGUUUGUGGCGCUCCCGGCGGCCAUUUUUAAAAACAUCGAGGGUUGGUCCGCGCUGGAGUCCCUCUACUUUGUGGUCAUCACCCUGACGACCAUAGGGUUCGGAGACUUCGUGGCAGGUGGUUCAGAAAUACAGUACUUAGAUUACUAUAAACCAGUUGUCUGGUUCUGGAUCCUGGUGGGACUAGCCUACUUUGCUGCCAUCCUCAGCAUGAUAGGAGACUGGCUCCGGGUCAUCUCCAAGAAGACGAAAGAAGAGGUGGGAGAGAUCCGGGCUCACGCUGCAGAGUGGACGGCUAACGUCUCGGCCGAGUUCAAACAAACGCGGCGGCGCGUCAGCGUCGAGGUCUACGACAAGUUCCAGCGCGCCGCCUCCAUCAAACGCAAACUGUCCUCCGAUUUUGGAUUCAGCCCCGGCCCCGAGUUCACUCUGCCCAGGAGGGCCACGUCGGUCAACUUCAACGACGAACUGGACAGGAAGGAGAGGGAGGCUAGUAACGGAGGUCUGUUCAUGAACGGCUUGGACCCCGAGAGAGGGAACGUCUCGGUCAUCGAACACCUCAAGUAG